CCAGAAGUCAUCACAAAAGUCUUUAAGCUUUACUAGCAGUUUCUUUUCAACAAAAACCAACCACAAAAGCCAAUAAAGAUGCCUUGCAAGGGAUGCGGAAACAACUGCCAGUGCCAGGCCGGCAAAUGCGGCGGAAACUGCGCCGGAAACAGCCAAUGCCAAUGUGCCGCCAAGACGGGAGGAGCCAAGUGCUGUCAGGCCAAGUAAUAUCUGUCAAUGGCAUUUAAUUAAAAUGCUUAUUAGUUGUUAAUAGUAGCUGCUUAAUUACCUCAGACUGAAGCUGAAUAAAUAUCUUUUAAUGUAAUACUUAAAGUAA